AAAAUAACAGACAAUAUAAAAAGACAACUGUGUUUAAAAUGGCCUAAAAAAAGUAAUGCACAAAAAGAUUAAAGAAACGUAUCCAUUACCUUUGAAAGAAAAACCAAGUAUAGAACUAUUUAAAUUUGCCGCCUGCGCAAUUGUGUAAAAUAAUUAGAAGAUGACAUGCCAAAAUAGCUGAAAGCACGGAAGGAGAAUCGUUAGAAAUAACUGAAAGAGAUGAGAUGUAUGUCGAGUGAAUAAAGAUAUUAACUGCGUCACAAUAAAACUGAUAUUUUUAUUGCAAUAAAAAUAACAAUAAAAUUGAAUCACUAAUAAAUAACCCGCGAUAAACAUUAUGUUAUUUUGAAUGAUAAUUAUACUGAUAGAUUAUAAUCAAUGAUAUAUAUCUAACUAAAUUUAUUCAUUAUAGAAUUAAUUGUUUAAAAAUCUAUAGCUUGUUUGUCUUUUCAAAGUAAUAAAUUAAAAUGAAAUAUACAACUCACAUCUAUAUAUUGGAUAUACUGAUGUUGAUAAAAUAAAAAGUUUUAUAACGGAAGAGCAAUGAAAUACAUUUGAGAUUUCCGUGUUGAUAACAAAAGCGCCAAAACCAUACAGUGAUAAAAAUACGUAGUAACUACUGGGUACGAUUCGUAAAUCAGAAUUGAGUUUUAUUCUAUGAAAUACAUGCAAUAAAAUUCAACAAAACUUUCCGUAACCUUUAUAACUUUUAAUAAAAAUUGUCCAAAAGAUAUAAUUUAAUCAUUGCAAUAAGAUUUAAGAAUCAGAAUAAAUUUCAAUUUUAGAUUUUUAGUUUUAAAUAUCUGUUUGUCAUGUACACGCAGCAACAUCUUUUUACUUAUUUAUAUUAUACAUUCGUUCUUAAAAAUCUUAAAAAUCUAAUGUAAUUUUGCAUCAAUGAAUUAAAACAAACAUAAUUAUAAUUACGUAAUAUUUUAAAAGCAAGAAUAUAAUGUUUGAUGUAACUUAUUUACUACUUUAUUUCAAAUUAAUUAAUCUGUGAUCACACAAUUAAAAAAACUGUUCAAAUACAUAAAGAAUUGUGUAAUAAUAAAAAAAGUAGGUAUAAUAAUAUAAAGUAAAUGCAAUAUCAUAUCAGUCCAAUUGAUAGCGGCGUGAAAUGCACGGAUGUGAUAAUAAAAAAAAUUAACCUAUAAAAUAUUUCCAAAGAUAAUAUAAAUAAAACGAUUGUAGAGAAGCAGUGAUGAUGAAUUUACAACAUAAAAUAUGCAUGGUAUCUGACUUUUUCUAUCCCAAUAUGGGUGGUGUUGAAGAGCAUAUAUUUAAUUUGUCACAAUGUUUAUUAGAACGAGGACAUAAGGUUGUGGUAUUAACACAUUCGUACAAAGAUCGAAUUGGAAUACGUUAUAUGACCAAUGGAUUAAAGGUAUAUUAUAUUCCAGUCAAAGUAUUUUAUAAUCAAUGUAUUUUGCCAACAAUGAUAUGUUCUAUUCCUCUAAUUCGAUAUAUACUCAUUAGAGAAGAAAUAGAAAUAAUACAUGGACACUCUGCAUUUUCUGCCUUAGCACACGAAGGAAUGUUAAUUGGCAGAUUAAUGGGGUUAAAGACAGUAUUCACAGAUCAUUCAUUAUUUGGUUUUGCAGAUGCAUCUGCUAUUUUAACAAAUAAAUUUUUAGAAAUUUCUUUAGCAGAUUGUAAUCAUUGUAUAUGUGUAUCGCAUAUAGGAAAAGAAAAUACUGUUUUGCGAGCAAAAGUUCAUAAAGAAAAAGUAUCUGUUAUUCCAAAUGCUGUGGAUACCAUGCUUUUCACACCAGAUAUUAACAAACGAAGUAAUGAUUUCAUUACUAUAGUAGUAGUAUCACGAUUAGUAUAUCGAAAAGGUGUAGAUCUUUUAGCUCAUGUAAUACCAGAAAUAUGUUCGCGACAUAAAAAAGUAAAUUUCUUAAUUGGAGGAGAUGGUCCAAAACGAUGGCUUAUAGAAGAAAUACGAGAAAGAAAUUUAUUACAGCACAGAGUUACAUUGCUUGGAAGUUUGGAACAUGCUCAGGUCAAACAUGUUUUAAAUAAAGGUCAUAUAUUUUUAAAUACCAGUCUCACAGAAGCUUAUUGUAUGGCAAUUGUUGAAGCUGCUUCUUGUGGUUUACAAGUCGUAUCUACUAAAGUUGGAGGAAUACCUGAAGUGUUACCUCCAGAUUUGAUUUAUUUGGUGGAACCAACAGUACCAGAUCUUAUUAAAGGAUUAGAACAAGCUAUAUCUGAUUACAUGAAAGGAAAUAUAAGUCAUCCAUUUGACGUGCAUAGAAGAAUAAGUUUAUUUUAUAAUUGGUUCAGUAUCAGUAAAAGAACUGAAAUUGUUUACAAUUUAGUAUCCAAUGAAGCAAAGAAAAAUUUAGGUCAACAAUUAACUAGUUAUAUUCAGAGUGGUGUAUUACCAUAUUUACUAGUUGUAUCACUGUGUUAUAUCAUAUUAAAAAUUUUAGAAUAUAUGGUUCCUAGAGAGUAUAUUGACAUUGUAAAGGACUAUAAAGGAAAACAUAUAACAUCAUCAAAGGAGAGAAAGUAAUAAAAAAAAGAGGAAAUCUUUAAUAAAAUUUA